AUGGAUGGUUUGCUAAAAAGAUUCAUUUGGGAAGGAUCGAAAGAAGAAAAAAAUAUCCCGUUGAUCAACUGGGAAAUAGUUUGUAUGCUCAAAGCAGAAGGCAGAACGGGCCUAAGAAAGAUGAAUUUAUACAAUUUGGCGCUAGGAGCGAAAUUGGCAUGGAAGAUGUACAAUUGUCCCAACAAAGGCUGGUGCAAGGUAAUGUCGCACAAAUACCUGGAAUCAAAUGAGCCAGAAAGAAUUUUAACCAUGGUGAAUUCGAUCAGCAGGUCUUUGCUUUGGAAGUUCAUAUGGGAGAGAAGGAGGAUCAUUACUAAAUACCUGUCAUGGAGAAUAGGUGACGCUCGCAAGGCUAAAUUCUGGAGGGACUCAUGGAACAGUGACAAAGCGUUAGUAGAUGAAAUCGAUGACCAAGACUGGAUAAAUGAGAUGCAAGAAACUAUGGGUGUGAUGGUGGCAGAUUAUGUUCAAGAAGAUUGUCGCCCAAACUCUCCAAUAAGAUGGAAAAGGUUCGAAAAUGCUCAGAAUGCAAAUAGUGCGAAGGUGGUCAACAUUCUCCAAAGUAGAAAUAUCUAUCUGACAACUGAAAAAGACACCCUUAUUUAG